AUGGCUACCCAAAGUUACAGGAAGAAUUUCAUAACUACUAUAAAUGAUGAAGAUGGGAAUCCUUUUCAAAAUCAUGAUCACAAGGCUGCUAUUGUUUGGAAAUCAUACAAGGAUAGGUUGGGAAAAGCUAUUGACCCUCCUAUGCUAUUCAAUCUUGAGGAAAUUAUUCAACCAAAAGAUCUAUCUGAGCUUGAUGCUCCAUUUUCCAUGGAUGAAAUUGACCAAGUUAUUAAAGAUAUUCACUCUGACAGAGCACCUGGGCCUGAUGGUUUCAAUGGCUUAUUCCUGAAGAAAUGUUGGGAUAUCAUCAAACAAGAUAUUUACACUAUGAUCUGGGAUUUUUUUGAAGGGAACAUUGGCAUUCAGAGUAUUAACACUGCUUUCAUUACUCUCAUUCCAAAGAUUGCAAACCCUAAUGACAUGAAUGACUUCAGACCCAUUUCCCUGUCUAUAAUUAAUGCUGCUUGGGCAAAUGGUGAACUCACUCUCCCCACAAAUCAGGCAUAUGGUCUUGAUUACCCUAUUAUUCAAUAUGCUGAUGAUACUCUAUUGAUAAUGCCUGCUGAUGAGGACCAACUCAACCAUCUCAAAUAUCUCCUUAAUCUCUUCAGUUUGUCCACUGGGCUAUUUGUUAAUUUCAGCAAAUCAUCCAUGAUCCCAAUUAAUAUGGACCAACAGUCAGCCAACAACCUUGCUAAUUCUUUUGGAUGUAGAAUUGAAAGCCUCCCCUUCACUUAUCUGGGGCUUCCUAUGGGCACCACCAAGCCCUCUGUUCAUGACCUCAUCCCAGUUAUAUCUAGGAUUGACAAGAGACUUUCAGGUGUUGCCAGAUUCAUGAACCACUCUGGUAGGCUCACUUGUGUUAACUCUGUGGUUGCAUCCAUGCCAAUAUUUGCCAUGUGCUCACUUAAAGUCCAUGUUACUAUUCUGGAUCAUGUGGAUAAAUCAAGUAGGAAUUUCCUUUGGUAUGGAAAUGAAAUCAAUAAAGGAGGCAAAUGUCUGGCCAGCUGGGAGAUGAUUUGCAAACCCAAACAGCAAGGAGGACUUGGGGUUCUGAAUUUAAGAGAACAAAAUAAAGCUCUUCUUAGAAAGCACCUGUUCAAGUUCUAUAACAAAGUUGAUGUCCCAUGGGGAUAUGACUACCUGUGA